UAUUCAUCGUAUUUGUAUGAAGAGAGAGAGAAAAAAAAAGACUAUGAACUAGUUAACUGAUAUUUACUACGACAACGACGACACACGGAUAUAUAUCCAAAAGUGAUAAGUAUCAAAUGUCGAUCGCCAAUGGCGUCAAGUGCACCUAGUUGGCCUGGGGUGCGUCCCGUCAAAACAUGCACAGAAUGCAAGCAAUCAAAGCUACGAUGCGAUUCGAAGGAUAGAUUUCCAAAUCCUUGUUCUAGGUGUCAGGCAAGGAAUCUUACCUGCACAGUUGACCCGUCCUUUCGAAGGACGCCGGCUAGAAAACGUCUGGAGGCCAUGUCGAGAGAGUUGCGAGAACUUCGCGAUCAAAGAUUAUCAGAUGUGCGCGCAGGGUCUACAACAAGUCCGGACCCGGACACCUCUCACUCUCAAGACUCAUCUGGCAAUGCGAUGCAACCGUCCGUCGCGAUCUUGAUAGAUGAUUUUGAGCUUAUGGGGCUGGAGACCUUCGAGCUCACCGGCGUCAUAGUAGAAAAACGCACAGUAGUAGAGGCCUUUCGAUUAUUCACCACCUACUUUCACCCUCACCUCCCAAUAUUAGGUCCAGUAUCCCUCAAAACCAUCUACCACUCCCAGACCUUUCUGUUCUGGACCAUCCUCAUCAUCAUCGCUCAGCGCUCGCCAGUGAUCCCAGACGAGAACCUGUUCAUCCGACUGCACGAGCCGUACGUGCAGAUGCUCAGGUCGGAGGCUCUGCGCGCGCCGGCUCCUCUGAGCAAAAUCCAGGCGCUGCUAUUUCUCUGUCUGUGGCCUUUGCCGGUCACCAACCAACGCGAGGACCCGAGUUGGCUGUACUGCGGGAUCGCUAUCAAUGCGGCUUUGUACAUGAGCUUGCAUCGAUCAAGUCCCAGGGCGGGAGCUACGCCUUCGUUCUAUAGCCUUGGAGUCAUAUCUGGAAGCACGCAUGAGAGGACGAAUACAUGGCUUGGUUGUUUCUACGUUAGCACCUCCCUCAGCAUGCACCUCGGACUCCCCCCGAUGAUCAACACCUCGUCCGAUCUUACUAACAUCCGCACCAUCCUCGCCGAGCACUACAUCCCGCGGGAGUUCUCGCUGCAGAUCAGGAUGCUCCUGACUUUAGCGGGCUUCACCAACGUGCUCUCCCACAACUCCAACGACAGCGUCGUCGACUCCUCCGUCACGCAGCUCCUCGACGGCGAGCUCGACGCCCUGAAGAUCAUGUACCCGGACGGCUGGACAAGCAUGACCGACUUCAGCAUGACGGUGGUCAAGAUGCACGUGUACACGCUCGUGAUAACGCGCUCCCGCUCCGGCACCGGCUCCAAAGAGAUCCUGCUCAAGCUCGGGCUCGCCGCCGCCCUGCGCGUCAUCCACCUCGCCAACCUGCGCUUCCACGAGCGCCUCCCCGACAAAGCGCAGCAGCAACAACACCAACAACAACAAGCCCUCCUAACGAUCACCGAGCGCGAGCGCACGCUGCCGAAAGACUACUUCCGCGGCCUCGCCUUCGCCACCAUCUUCCUGCUGCGGUACUUCUCGCUCAACAACUGCGCCAACGCGGAGGAGCAGCAGCUGGCGGCCAACCACGUGAUCAUGGCGCACACGAUCUUCAAGACGCUGGCCACGCAGCCGAUGGACGAGUACGGGCGCGUCGCGCGCCUGUUCGAGACGCUGUGCAAGCAGCAGGCGCAGAUGCCGCCCUCGUCCGCCGGCGGCGACGACGCCGCGAGCGGCAAGCCGGCCCACAGCGACCGCAUGGGCGUGUCCAUCGUGCUCGAUGCCAUCAACACGGCGCGCGCGCUGCGCGGACACUCGAUGGAGAUACACGAGCACGAGGUCCUGGGGACGGCGGCAGCGACGACGACGACGCCGGGGAGUUUGCCGGGGCACGCGCAGCAGCAGCAGCAGCAGCAGCAGAGUAAUGGUAGUAGUAAUAACGCCAACAAUAGUAAUAAUAGCAACGGGGUCCCAGACGUGUACGGCAGCGGCAUCACGCCGCAGAUCGUGGAGCCGUGGCCGUCGGACCUCGCGUUCGCGAACGUGUUCUGGGGCGAUCCGUCGUGGGACGUCUUCAGCUUGCCGGCGGAUCCGCAGUUUCAGCCGGGGCCGGGGUUGGGGUGAUCGUGAUUCGAUUAUCAGGAAAAAAAAAAUGAAAGCAAUGAAGACACAAACAAUGAAGAUCAUAAAUAUACAAUUGGCGUAUGUGUGCGUGUGUGGGUGGGUGGUGGUAUAUAAAAGAGCAACCAAACCUAUGGCUACCUAUGGGGAUGAUUUACACUUGAACGACUCCUCCCCGUACCUACCGCGUAUUCCCCCCUCGCCCCUGAAAAAGCAAAGCAAACUGUCGAUAGAGCAUACCAUACACAUCCGUACAAGCCCAAAACCAAAAAAAAAACCAAAACAAGUACAUAAGACUCUCUCUCCCCUCUCCCCUCUACCCAAGCGCCUCAACCAACUCCC